GUUCAAGUUGGCCAUUCGGGAGUCUUGCUAUCUGAAAAACAGAGUGGCGCAGAAAUUUCAUCCAUUCCUAAAUAUACAAACAAUAUAAUAACUGCAGUAUUCUCUGAUUUCUUGACAUUUGUAAUCAGCUGAUAAAAUAAUAAUUUCAGAAAGGUGUAUGCGUUUGCUGCUCCUCAAGUGUGCAUCAUCUUACUUCACACACGAUCUUCGGUGGGCAGGCAGAAAACAUUCACGCAUGUACAUUAUGACCUUCCAGUGCAGCUGCCUGCGAAGGCUGCACGAGCCGAGGUGACGGUCCGGAGCUGAAACACGACGAAUUUCACGGCGGAUUUUUAAGCAUAAACCCACCGUAAAUGGGUUUAUCACCACAUCAGCCGUUACUCUCGUCACUCCCGUUUACCUCGAGCGAUAUUUGUGGAUGGAUUAUAUCAUUCACGUCUUACCGAGAAGCCUUAACAACGCCCAGUCAGCAGCGGCAGCCAUAGCUCCGUCAUUGACGCUGGAGGUUAGUGGGCUCGUCAUCCGCAGACUGCCAUUUCACUAGCUAGCCGAGACAACCGCAAGCUAACAGGCUAACCGGGGCUAGGCUUGAGGAGUGGAUAUGCUUGCUAACAUGAAGCUAACGCGAACCUAAUGUACCGACUUGUUAUUUUCAGGUCCUUUUGAGUUAGUAUAUUUCCAUUUGUUUCUUUAGUGUUUCUGUAUCACGUGGGUGGUGUUUUGUUUGCUAAUAUACUCAUAAAUUUAGCAUUAAGUUAGGCCCAUUUAAACGCAACCGGUGGCUUUAUUCCAUAUAAAGAGGAUACUUUGUAAUAAGUGUGAGUUAAUUUACUCAUGACUCAUUUUGUUUAACAGUAUUAGACUGUAUUUCUAGCGGUUAACAGAGUCACGUGUACCCGGUGAUUAGGUUAUAUCUGUCAGUCUAGUAACGUAGAUCCUCCCGGUGUCCGCUGUGUUGUUACAUAAUGUUGAGUUUUCGCUAUUCUACCAGCUCUAACAUAUCAUGUUAUUUAAAAGUUAACUUUUAGAAGAUUAUCUAUAUAACUUCUGUAUUUUACAUAAGUGUGUGUGUUUUGUCCUGACAGAAGUUGUACGUCCUGUGCUUUUUUGUAUUCCUCCAAUCAGCCUGUUGCUGCACCAUACGAGAGAAAUGUAAUCAGACACCUGCAUGCUCUCUCUCCCUCCCUCUCUCCCCCUCCCUCUCUCUCCCUCUCUCUCUUUACAUGUGUGUUCAGCAGGAUACUGUAAUCUGCCCCUGCAAUGGCCGUCUUUAGUCAUCAGGUGCUCUUUGCUGUCACUCGUUCAAGGUAAGGUAAUCAGCACAUGCUUCCACAUGGUUUCAUGUUAUGUAAAACAGGAGGUCUGCUAAAGUAAAGCAUGUGGUUUCCGUCUAGGUUUAAUUACACGUUAAACUGGUUUUCUUCACAAAGUUCAGUUACACUAAUUACAAGACUCCUGGCUGAAGUCUCUGUUGUGUUUGAGGAGACUUAAAAGCAACAGGUUGUCUUUGUUUACAUAGAGUCUGCUACAGUGAAACCUAUCCAGAGUUACCCCAUCAUGACUCAAGCGGGAGGGUAAACACGGGGACGAGUUCAUGUUGAUGGUGCAAGAUCAGCUAAAAAGUGGACAGCCAGGGUGACACCACCGGGCAGCUCAGUUUACUUUAAAGGGGCAGCUGCUGGUACACAUUUGUUACUUUUGCACACCUCUAGAGCACUUAUAUUGUUACACAACUUAAACUCAGAGUCAUUAUUAGUAUUUUUAUUGUUGCAACAUAGCCAUAUGAACUGUGAUAGCUUAUGAACAGUUGUGCACAGCCUGUUUUACCACACCAUGAAUUUAUGAAUCAGGCCUUUUUCCUUCAACUUAGAAAAGUUUAUCUUUCAUAACAGGUGUGUGCUUGGUCUAAAUUAUCAUUUAUGAUUGGUACAAAGAAAAUAUAUUAUCCUGAAUCUUCAAUCUGAGUGGGGAAAAAAAUUAACCAAAGCCAGUAUUAAAAAACAGAGUUAAAUGUUAUCUGUUGUAAUUGGAUAAAGACACAAAUAUAGUGUGGUAUAGUUAUCAAACUCUUUUAAGGAAAUAAAAGAUAGUAAAUAAAAAAAAAAAGAAAAUAAAAAGUGAACAAAAGGUACUUUUUUUUCCCCCCAAGACUAGUACCAAAAGAUGCAUAGCAAGUUCCUAGUAUAGCCGUUUGUAUACACUGGACGGCUCUUUCUGAUUCUUGUAAGUUAAGCUUUCAGCUGCCAGUAUAAUACGUGGUCCUCUACACUGUGUUUCAUGAAUGCUGAUGUUUCUGUAGCUGCGUCAGUGUACAUGUUUUAUAGCAAUGACUGUAUUCAGUUGGGGGGUAAAAAAUGCAUUAGAAGUAGCCUCUGGAGACACAGUUUAGGCUUAAAGUCAGUCCAGUAUAGAAGUUUAGGACCCUUUUCUUUGUUUUGGAUGCAAUAACUUCUGAUUUUCAAGAAGAGGAGAUCAUUUCAGAUAAAUCUGAAGAGCGGGACGUUUUGCUGAGUUUAUUUUCUUCACCUCCUGACCAUGUCCUCAUAACCUUACAUCACUGCCUGUUGAGUGGCUUUGGUUUUAUUGACUUGUGAACGCAGCGCUGAUGCUCACUCUGCACAGGUGGUACUUUACCUACUCAGCAAGUUAAUCAUUAAAACAACAGAGGCAUAGGUAGAACAUGUUACACAACCAGGUGGGAGAGUACUGUGUCUUUUUUUUUUUUUAAGGUGUUGAACAUGCAGACAAAAAGGAGACACACACAGAGAUUCGCUUUUCUGUGAUCGGCUUAGCCAAAAAGGAGCAAACAAAUACAUUUAGAUUUUAUUUGUAAAAGGAGUAGAAAUAAAAAAAAGGAUAAUUAUUAUAUACCAGAGAAAUUUAAUCAUUUUUUUAGUGAAUAGUUGUUUAAAAUUUAGAAUAUUAAGCACGCUUAACAAUAAAAAACCUUUAAUAUUUUCUAUUAUGUAGUCUUUGUGAGUGAUACAGGGGUAUAACUGCUUAACCAACGUCAAACAAAGCAAAGACUUUUAAGGCUUUACUACAACAAUUUGUGAUGGCCUUUUUUAUCUGUGAUUUGUGCAUUUUGUGAGCCAAACGAUCAACUGAUUUGACAGAGAAAAUAGUCAAUAGAUUACCAAAAAAAGGCUGAAAUGAAGUUAAUAAAGCUAAAACAGGAUGAUAUCUUGUCCCUGCAGGAGGGUGAUCAAGUUCUCAGGAACUUCAACUGUCUCUUUGCAGUUAAUCUAUAAAUUUUCAGAGUUGACAUUAGGUAAUAGGCACUUAUACAUACUUUUCGUACUCUUUCUGCCAAGUUCUCCCUGCAGGAUAUUAUGUCAUAACUAACCAGUUUUUCUUGUCUCUGUCUCUGUCUGCAGGGGAUCAUACUUGCUAUCCAAGAGGCAAAGCUGCUCAUCUCUGUCUUCCAAAGCGUAUCUCCACCUAGACCCUCCACGCCACAACUCGUCCGUACUCACACUCAGGCACUCCCGCUACGGCUACCCCAACUGUUACCGCGGCCACGCCCUCAGCCGUAAUCACAACUCCGCCCUGCUCGCCCGCUCUCUCCACAGCUCAGGUGUCUGGCUUCAGGACAUAAAGCAGGAGGACACUAAAGCCUCAACAGCCGCCGCCACACAGGAUGCUAUAAAAAAGGAAUCUGUUGCCGCUGCGGCCCCGUCUCCACCUCCAUCAGCCCCUGCCCAAACAUCUGCCUCCACUACCACCACCACUACUGCCACCACCACAGCAGCCGCCGUGCCUCCAGUGCAGGAGCGGGCAGUUGUGAAAAAGUCUAUAUAUCACAGGAUUGUGGAUGAGUUGAAGCAUUACUACAAUGGCUUCCGGUUACUUGGUAUUGACAUCAAUAUUGCAGGCAGGAUGGUGUGGAGGCUGCUGCACGGACAACUGCUCACACGCAGGGAGAGGAGGCGGGUAAGAGAAGCUAAAUAUACAUUAUACGGAUUAAGAGUAUGCAGUCCGUUUGCUGUUUUAAGAUUGACUUAUGGUUAGUUGUAAUCCUCUGCAGUGUCAGACACGGGGAUUCAGAAGAUUUAUGGUCAUUACAUUAUUGUCAUGCAUCAACAAGUACAAUCCUUUAUGGCCUAGGAAGACACUAAAAUAAAGAGGUGUAAGAUGACAGAUGAGAAUACAACUGUUCACGUGGAUCACUAUAUAGACAGGCAUCAGAGGAUGAAGGUUUGGAGUCAAAUCCAUGACCAUUUUGUAGGGUACAUGUGGGGUCCUGCUUUGUCAACUGAGUUUGGCCCACGACCCAAUUUUUUUUUUAUAUUGGACCGAAAUACAGAUUGAUGAUGAAACUACACAUUAGCUGAAGUACAAAAGAAUAUGUUGUUGCCUACUAAGUGCAGUUCUGAUAAAUUCAGGCAGAAGAAAUAAUCAAAGUCGAAGUAAACUAUAUCCAAAAGUUUGGCUUCUAAGCCAAUUAUUAAACUGAAAACUAUAUAAUAGACUUAACAAUCAAUCAGUUUAUACACUUAAGUGAAACCAGCAUCAUAUCAGUAUUUGUGGCUAAGAGUAAAUCUGUACACACAGGUCUCUGGUUUCACAUCAGGACUGAACUCCUUGAGUUUUUCAUGAGCUGUUUUAAUUCAGUGUUGCACCAGCUCUUCCUUCACACACAAGAAUUAAAAACCUUUGUUCUUAUAUUGUCCUGGUUUCUCGUAUUGAUGUUCUUCAGUUGCCCCCAGGUCGCAGAAGAGUGCCUGUCUGGCUCCUUUACAGAAGUCUGGUUAACUUUUUGUCGUCACAAAAGACCUCCCUCUAGAGGAGGCCGUACCGUGUCACUCUUCCUCCCAAAUCGUCACCAGUAAACCAGCAGGGCAUUAUUUACGACCUAAGUGAUCCCUUUGUAUGUUUUACAUCUUAGCAUGUCAAUAAGGAAUGUGUACAGUGUGUUCCCUGUGUCGUAAUAUAACCCUACAACAGCUGUAAGGGGCAGCAGUGAGUCAACCAUCAGUGCGUCCAUUUUUAUUGUUCAAUCGACAGAAAAGUAAUCAGCAAAUCCUUCAAGUUGUUUGUUACGACAAGGUGUUGCAGCACUUUCACUACCACUGAGAACAAACUAAAUAUCUCAAGAUCUGGGACUGUUGUGAGGACAAAACUGGACUUUUGAAGGUGUAAUGUAGUCGCCUCCUCCUCAGUUCGCUUUCACUUUUGUUUUGCCUCUGAGCCCAAGCUUAGCAUAAAGUCUGUACAUGCUGCUCUCAGUACAGAAAUGUUUAAGAAUGAACAGACUGUGGACAAAUGACCUUUUAAGAAAUGUACACAUAAAGAUCAAUUUUUAAACAAAUACUCUCUUUAUUGUAGUUUUGCUCAUAUUAUGGCAGUCGUGGUAGAAGAAAGUACUGUGCCAAAUCACAAUCUCACAACUAUCCGUCAAUUUUAUUACAAGAAACACUCCAAACUACAGCUGAAAUGUCGCAUAAUCUGCUGGUUUGGACUGUUUUCACUCUUAUAUUUACUCUUGUAUAGCUGUGAAUAAUCAGGAAAUGGGCGACUGUUUUGCAAGUGUUAGUGCACAUACUGUCUUAGACCACAGUGUCGUAGUCGUUACACAAGUUGUGAAACACUGAUCCCAUGCUCGUCUUAUGGUGGUGUUUAUAAAACAUUGAUACCUUUUGAAAUUGAAGCUGACUUUCUUCUUCCUUUUAUACUCGGAGCUCAAUGUUAGUUUCAAAUGUCUCUUCAUACGGCAGACACUGGUUGAUCAUUGGAAAAGAACAUACUGUCACUACAUGUCUCGCUGUCGGACUGGUGUGCACAUGAUGUGUAUGUGUGUGUGCAACCUGAGUGACCCAAGCUCUGCACAUGCUAUGGUGAAUCUAUAUUUGGGCUGUUUUAGAGGAGAACUGGCAGAGUGUCAGGGCACGUGUAAUGUAUCUCAUCAGCUAAUACAGCACUGAAGACCCCAGGUGCUGAUGCCCCUGCCAGGGCACAGACACUGUCCUGUUUUACUGUCCACACUUAAGUGUCAUUGACUCAGUUUUCCUUUGUACUUUCAGCUGAUGAGGACCUGCGCCGACCUGUUCCGUCUGGUGCCCUUCAUGGUGUUCAUCAUCGUUCCUUUCAUGGAGUUCCUCCUGCCCGUCUUCCUCAAACUCUUCCCAGAGAUGUUGCCCUCCACCUUCGAGACGGAGACCAAAAAGGCAUGUGUUCAUAUACACAAAUGCACAGACACACACACACAUCCUGUCUCAUGAAUGACCUCUCGACAGAGUCCAUGAUGAUUAUGUAACAUUGUAGAUAUGGCUGUUGCACUAAGAAGCUCUCGUCCAUACAGCCACAUGACUUUAUCUAAUCUAGGCAAUUUACUUGGCUGGAUUAGCACAAUAUAAACAACAUGCCGCCAGUGCUCACAAAAACCUCAACAAACCCAAGACCUGAUCCUUUAAAAGCACCUUAGUAUAAUUAAUAUAAUCAUUACAAUAAAGAAAGACAAUUAUUUCUUUGUUGGUGUCUAAUCUCCUGUUAAUGGAAAGCAGCAGGUCUCUGUUCUUGGUCCAGUCAGCCCGUCAGCUCGGAUUCUCUCGAGUGUUUCUGGUUGAGCAGCUCACAGAUAUGCUCUCGGGUUUAUGGGCAGCACAGACGUGUCCAGCCACUGUAAGUUUGACUGAAAACAAAGAAGAAAAAGAAAGAAGGCAUAUUUUUACAGUAGAUUACAGUAAGGUGGCAAAAUCAGGCUGAGAGAUACCAAAGAGGUAUGUAAAUGUUUGUUUUAUGACUUUCUUGCAAACUUGUCAGACAUUUUGUUACAAGAAACACACAUGGUUCUUUUUCGCAAAGGUUUUGCUUUAUUCAAUGCCUCUGUUGUGGUAAAAGUUAAUUGUCUAGUGCAAGAGAUCUUUGUACUCUUUGUACUUCUGCCGUCAGAACUCUAAAUAAAAGAAACACUGUGCCUGUAGUGCUGUAUUUGCUGUAUUCUAAUGCCUCUAACUCUCCCCGUAUCUGAAAUAGUUAGUAUUUUCUAACUCAUCCCUGUCCCCUUCCUUUCCUUCCUGCAGGAAGAGAAGCAGAAGAAGGGGCUUGCGGCUAAGCUGGAAUUGGCCAAGUUUCUCCAAGAGACCAUCGCUGAAAUGGCUCGAAGGAAUAAAGCGAAAGCUCAGACGGAAGACGAGACGCAGCGCUUUUCCACAUAUGUUCAGAAGGUAGGUUACAGAGCAAGUUCUGUGCUGAAACUCAACUCUAGCCCGUACACAGAUGUUAUGAUGCCUGCUCUGCUCUGCUCUGCUCUGUGUUCUGUCUGAAUGUUUCUCCUGUUUUGUCAUACCUGAAAUCUGAGGUUUUGAAUAUGUUAGUAAUAGAAAAGAGGCAAAACAGGACGUGGCUGAGAUUUCUUUAGCAUCUAAUUGUACGCUAACGAUGCUUUGUGACUCUGUAAGGUUCGGGGCACAGGUGAGCAGCCCACCACCAAGGACAUCGUCCGGUUUUCAAAGCUGUUUGAGGAUGAGCUGACACUGGAGCACCUGGAGCGCCCCCAGCUGGUGGCUCUGUGUAAACUGCUAGAGCUGCAGCCCAUCGGUACAAACAACUUGCUGCGUUUUCAGCUGAUGAUGCAACUUCGAACUAUCAAGUCAGACGAUGAGGUGAGUCUGAGUACUGGAGGCUGGUGGUGAUUGGUCAGGAUGUUGAUUUUCCCCAGUAGUGUGAAGUUUAAGAUGAUUCUUGUGCUUUUGCAAAGAUGUUUGAUUUCCCUCUCUGUGCUCACAGAUGAUUGCAGCAGAGGGUGUGGCAGCUAUGAGUGUGUCAGAGUUGCAGGCUGCGUGCCGUAGUCGUGGGAUGAGGUCUCUGGGUCUCACCACCGAUCAGCUACGUCUGCAGAUGCAGCAGGUGAGCCGCUGGAUGUGGUUUUACGGCUGACUUUUAAUUAUUGACUAAUUGUGUUUUUUUUAAAAAAGAAAAUAAACAACCCCGUGCCAUAACUGUAAAUGAAUAAAAAUCUGUGCUCUCACAUCUUUUCACCAUUUCGACAUAAAUAAAUGUGUUUCUCUGUGUAGUGGCUGGAUCUUCACUUGAAGGAAAACGUUCCCCCAUCACUGCUGCUGCUCUCCAGAGCCAUGUACCUGACUGACCUCAAACCAAAACCUCCAGUCAUCCCACCCGUUCCCAAACUCGAGGUUUGUUGUUGCAAUCUACUUAAAACAUUACAAACCGCACCAUUGUAUGUUCACUGUACAGACUGUGCAGAUUAUGCUUGUUCUCAGCUGAAAAUUACACGUACGUCUCGUUCGAUCUCUUAAUAGGGAGCAUGAGCUGUUUCAUAACUAAGUCUAAUGUUUCUGGGUCAGACCUUUAGUAUCAACAACCUUGGCUGUAAACUAACAAUUAAUUUUCUGUAACUGGAUUAAGGUUUUAGUCUCUGAAAUGUUUUUGACUUUCAACCACUCAGUGAGACAUAAACAAGACUGUGGAGUGGUUUGUGGGAUUUAUCUUCUGAUCACAUGUUUUGUUUUUCUCUCUUUUUUUUUUUUUUUUUAGAAAAGUACUCCUCCUCCAGUGGAGAAUACAGGAGCAAACACAACCACAGUCUCCACAGACAUGUUGGCGGACCCUGCCAUUAUCAUCAAAGACAGACAGGUCAGUCAGUGUUCUGUUCAAAACACAGCCACAUGACAAAUGAGAUGAGAUGAGCAGAGAGGAAAAUGGGUCAUCGGUGCGACUAAGAAUAGAUCUCUGCUAAAAUAUUAGUUUGUACAGAAGAUUUUUGUGUCAUACCCAAGAGGCAGCACAGCCUUUUUCCAAUCACUGCUGAUCACCCUCGGGUAUGAAGCAGUUAGAAAACUAUCAUUCAGUCCUUUUCCACAUUUGGUCAUUUUUGAACACAGUGUAGGACGAAUACUCGCAUAAUUUCCUUUUUGUUUUAGGGAAAGUAUCAGAACAACUCAAGUCUGACUGUACAUUUCAUUUGAAUGUUUGAUCUGUGAAGUAAUAAUCACAGGCCAGUUUUGAGGCCAGCUGAAUGAUGAUGUGGUAAUGGUUUCUUUGCAGGUGGAGGAGUUGAGAGACAAGGCCCCUGUGAUCCCAGACAAACCUCUGACUCCUGCUGAAGUCCUUCAGGUAAGGCCCCCAUUGUUCUUUGGACCUGUGGAAUCAACAGAAACCAGCACAGAGUUUGAUGCUUCACAGCGCCUCAUAAUCCAGUUAGUUCUUCCUGGCUUUGGUCUUUCUCACAUGACUCACUAAUCUCUCACAGUGGGACAUGGUUACUGUUCCUAUGAAAAGCACCCAUUCUGUCAGACAGAGGGUGCUUUAAUAACAAUAGAAAACACACGGAAGCCGGUCAGAAAUCUGUGGAGAUACUGGAUAUACUGUUGGCGUUACACUUUCAAAUUUGAGAGACGUCUGCGAUUACAGAACAGUUCAUGCAAAGUCAGAUCAACACGUCUCAAGUUGAUCUCUGUGAGGUCUAAAAAUAGUCGAUAAAUAUAGACCCAUCACUCAGGCACGCUUUCCAGAGAUCUUCUUAAACUUUAAAGAGAUACUACACAACAUCAAAACCUAUCAGCCGGGGCGGUUUUCACAUGGUUUUGAUGACUCAUAGUCUUGAUGCUACAAAAACCCAAGAUAAGCUUCUUUUCUUGCAAUUUGACAAGCCCUUUGCUGCUUGAUUUUUCCUUUCAAGUGUUAAGCUUGAAACCAGAAAACCAGUAAAACACAACAUUACUGGAUUGGUGUUUGUGUUCAUAAAUUUUGACUUUAAAAAAAGAAAAAAAGGACAUGACCGCCAGUACUUGACACCAACUCAACAGUAGGUGUAUCUAAGGAGAAAAAGGUCACUGACAAAAAUGCUGACACAACAUCAAAGAUACAAACUCUGUUUAGAUAAAUUCUAUAUUAUUAAAGUUACCCUGAGAUAGAAAAGCUGUCUGUCUAUAGAUGGAUUUAUAAUUAAAGCACCUCACAGUUGGAAAAGAUGAAGAUCUUUAAAUGUCAUGUUGUCAAAGCACCACAUUGAAUCUAAGAGUAUGAUGAUGUGAACUUGGCAGCCUGCCUACAUUUUAGUUACAUUAAGAUCAGUUCCCCUCUCAUAUGUACACAUCCACAUCCACAUGUCCAAACAAACACCAGUGUCAUUUUAGGGGAUGUUUGUUUUUCCUCUCUGGGCUUCAAGAGGCCCAGUGCGUACGAUUAUGAAUUAGAUUUAUGUGGUUUAAUUGAUCUGUUUUGAGAAUACCUAAGCAGAGGAAGUGCUGUGAUUGUUUUAUUUAGAGACCUCACUAAUAAGGAAAUUCUGGAGUCUGGUGAUACACCCCAAAUAUAUAUUAAGGGAUGUCAAGGAACACUGCGUUUAAGUCACAGCCACCUCUGGUAAUACAGCAGUCUGAAAAGCGACCCCAGUCUGCAUUUUAUCUGGCUUUUAACUUUUGAAAUAUCAAUUUUUUCUCUCUUGACCUUUGCCUUGUGAUUUUACUGUUUAACCACUUUGAGCAAAUGAACAAAGACUAAAAAAAGGCCCCAGAGAUUUUCUAUUCAGUACAGGGAACCUCACUAAAAAACACUUGAUUUUGAAGUUGCUCUUACUCCUGUGACCUUUUCCAACAGGCUAAAGCGGCAACAGAAGUGACCCAGAAGAGCAAGAUGAGUGCCAAUGGCGUUUAAAGAGGAGCAGGAGCCUUUGGACUGAAGAGCGGAUGAACCUGUACAGACCUGAGUCCAAAUGAGGGAUGACAGGGAUGUGGUGGUCAUACGAUGAUCUACAUUUCAGUAGCCUUUAUUUAUUCUAGAGCUACUCCGUAAAGAUCUUUGUCUCUGUCUGGAUCGGAGGGAUAGGGAAUCACUGGCUCUGUCCAGCGUUGUAUACAGCUUAUUGAUGAUUCAGCUCAUCCAGGAGUCCUGCUCCUUCCUCGUCCCUUUCUUUUACAUCCAGGAAAGGUCUGCUUCAUCUCUUUGCCGCCAUGACCCCUCUGCUUUUGCAUUAGUGCACUCCGUUUUCUGGAACUCUCCAUUCGAGCUGGGAUAACCAGCCUUAAAUUUCACUGGACUGUGAUUACUCUGACCUUAUAUUCUGGGGGAAGCCUGAACUGCCCAUCACAGAGUUGCUCAACUCAGUGUCUCCCUACAGUCUAGAUGGUUUCCUCCUCCUCCUCCUCCUCCUCCUCCUGUAAAUUUGUAAAUAUCCUGUAUAUUUUUGUUUCUGUCAUCACAGCAGCAGCAGAGUUGUACAUUUUGCUAUGCAAAGGCCUAAUUUCUCUCAAGAACUUAAGAGUUUUUCUCUUUUAGCAGUUUAACUUUUGUUUUAUUUGGAUUCAUUUUCACUCCUGAUGAGGAUAUGAGAGAGAAUUCACUGUUUUUACAGGUAUGGUUCUGUCAAACUUUUUGGUUCAGUUUUCGGUCCCAAACACUUUUUUACUCAGCAAUCUGAAACCAGCCUGACGUGCCAAAGCAACCAUCAAAAUUGGCACAUCCAGAAUCUGUGAUAGAAUAAAAAUGCUAUUAAUUCCAUCUUAUAAAGUCAGCAGGUAGACCUGUAGACUCGGACCGGCCCUGAAUCAAAACAGGGUAACUUGUUUCAGCAAACAAAGACCUGUUCAUCAUUAAGAGAGAGCUCACUCCUUAAGCCCAGAGUUGACUGAUAAAAUACGGUCUGUCUGCUGGUAAACCACUUAACGGACAGCCCGUUAAAAAGAAAAACCUCGAGUUUAUUUGCAUAUACAUUGUAUUAAUGUGUUUUAACACUAUGACGCUACAAUUUCUUGAAACUGAAAGAGAAAAUACUUGAUGUAUUAUUAAUAUUGGAGAGAAGCUUAAACCUAAAGCCACAACUGAGAUUAAUGUUAUUUUUUUAGUAUUGUGGCACUGAAAGAUGUACAUGUAUAGCAUUAUGACCAUUUUGCGAAAAGCUCUCAUAAGUAUUUGACCAUAACUAUUAUACAAAAUUUUAACACAUAAACAUGGAAAACUACCGUUUCUGUUUGUGUUUAGCAGUGCUCCCAUCCCCCCUGUGUAUAUUUGGAAGAAUUGGAGUUUGAAAGUUAGAAACCAGAGUUAUUUUUUAUCACCACACCAUUUUCCCCUUAUGAAUCUGUCUGUAGGCGCCUAAUAGAAGAGGAUGACCUAAAUGGCAGAAUAUUUUUGAGCCUAAAAACAUUGCUAACAAAGAAUUAUAUUAUUGGUUUUACAUAUGUGCCUAAAAUUAAAGGGCGAUUGUGGUCACAUUUUUCAUCCAAGAACAGAGUUUCUAUAUUGUACCAUCGUCAGUUAUUUGGUUGGAUAUUUCACCAUAGUGUUUACCAUGCCCAGUUGCUCCUUUAGUCGAAUGUCCCCUUUCUCCCUCCCCACAUUUGAUCUGACUAUCAAUUCAAAUGGAAAAUGAAACCACUAAAAAUGAUGGAACAGCAAUCUCCCUUUCAAACAGCCUUGCCCAAGUGACGCAGAGGGGACUAGGGGGGAAAAAGGUAUCACUGUAGUUGCUAUAUGGUCUCUGGUUUUUGCUGCUGUCAUAUUUAUAAAAAGUUUAAAAAGGUAUUUUGAGUAGAAGUGAACUGAUUUAUGCAACACUGACUUGUUGCUGCAGUAAUACUCCCCAGACUUAUUGGUUUAAUUGUGAACUGGUGCAAACUACUUCAAGAUUAGAGUACUGACCAGUGCUUAAAUAUCAGUAAGACUUGUUCAACUGAACAAUCUAAACCACUUUCCUCUACAUCGGCCAUUAAUUUUCACCAUCCCUCUCCUUCGAGGAGCAAUGUUUGUUUACUUUUCAGUCAUCAGCACCAUGGUGAGUUCAUCAACAAAGCUUUGCCUGUGUAGAAACUGUUAUCUGCUGAUACUGCAGAUGGUUUGUACAUCAAUACCAUCAUGAUGUGUUUUCUGUCUUCAGGCUCAUAUUUGUUCUGUUUAAAUUUGCACUGCUGUCCAGUUACUUCUGACUUGCAUUGGAUUUAUGCAUCACUUUACCAUGGCAAAAGAGUGUUAGAGUAAUGGAAAGAAACAAAUACACAUGAUUAAAUUCAUGAAAUCCCCCCUGAAUCUUGUUGUAG